AUUAUAGAGAAGUUGGCUGUGGACUUAUGCCUCCUCUCUCCUCCUCCGAUAUGGUUGCCAGGAGACCGGUUAGCCCCAGCAUCGUGUGUGGACACCAGUCAGAAGAGAGUGGCCCCCACCUCCUAUCUUUAAGUCCCCCAUCUCUCUUGGCCAGCUACUGCUGUCACUAAGGAACUAGGCUACUCUCUGCAUAGUAGGAGUUUUUGCACCUCUCCUUCACAGGACGACACAGGAGCUCUACCUUUUGAAUUUGAGUCUUCUCUGUCUCACGCUCAUACUCUCCUGUCGCCUUCUAUUUCUCUCUCCAUCUCUUGAGGUUGUUCAUGUCGCACGGGGACCUUGCUUACAGGUCUGACACUUUUUCGUUGUUGCUUUAGAGUAAUUUUGUAUCAUCACUUCCCCUGUCUGAGAGGAUGAAGGAGCAGGAACAUUGGAGAAGAUGAUUCUUUGGGCUGGCCUGCUCCCCUGGGGUUAAGGAAAUUGUCAAUGGUCGCCACUCAAUGCCACAUAGAGCCUCAACUCAACGGGAGAAGUAGUGGAAGAAUACGUUUGGUUCACCACAACAUUUGAGUUCCAGUGCUGUCUUAGCCCGUGGAAGUAGCUGUGGAGUACCUGGGUCUGUGCAUCUGGGAAAGAUAAUCAUGGGCAAUGCCGCUGGGAGCAUGGAUGUGCCACCGGGGAAGGAGGUGAAGACGGUGUCGGCCCCCCCAGGCUCAGGGGCCCCCCAGAAACAGGCGGCAAGCCCCAAACUCCCCAUGCCUGCCGAGGAGGAGUUAGAGGAGCGCUUCAAUGCAGUGCUGAACUCCAUGAAUCUGCCUCCAGACAAGGUGACGAUCCUGUGUCAGUAUGACAACGAGAAGAAGUGGGAACUGGUCUGUGAUCAGGAACGAUUCCAAGUGAAGAAUCCUCCCUCUGCUUACUUGCUGAAGCUCAAAAGUUAUCUUGACCAGGGAGGGGUCAGUCGCAAGUUCAAGAGGCGGGUCCAGGAGUCCACACAGGUCUUAAGAGAGCUGGAGAUUUCCCUGAGGACCAAUCAUAUCGGCUGGGCUCAGGAGUUUCUCGGUGAGGAGAACAGAGGUCUGGACGUCCUGGUUGACUACCUGUCCUUCGCCCAAUGUGCUGUCACCUAUGACAUGGAAAGUUUGGACAAUGGGACUUCCACACCAGAAAAAUCGGUGGAGGACUUGACGAGGAGUGCCAGUAACUCUCCAACCCAUGGCGGUUCUAAAGCUGCUCGUGUCCUUACUGUGAGAUUCAACUCUCUCCACAACAGGAAAGCGCUGAGGAAGUCCCGCCUUGUCAGUCAGAAAGACGACGUUCACCUCUGCAUCAUGUGUCUACGUGCCAUCAUGAACUACCAGUCUGGGUUUAACCUGGUGAUGACCCACCCAUGCUGUGUGAACGAGAUCACGCUCAGCCUCAACAACAGGAACCCCAGGACCAAGGCCCUGGUGCUGGAGCUGCUGGCUGCCGUGUGUCUAGUGAGGGGGGGUCAUGACAUCAUCCUCUCCGCCUUCGACAACUUCAAAGAGGUAUGUGGAGAGAUGAGCCGCUUUGAGAAGCUCAUGGAGUAUUUCUGCAAUGAAGAAAGCAACAUUGACUUUAUGGUGGCGUGCAUGCAGUUCAUCAACAUUGUGGUCCACUCAGUGGAGAACAUGAACUGUAGGGUCCAUCUGCAGUAUGAGUUUACCCACCAUGGCCUGGAUGACUAUCUAGAGAGGUUAAAGUUCACGGAGAGUGACCGGCUGCUGGUGCAGAUCCAGGCCUACCUGGACAACGUGUUUGAUGUGGGGGCUCUGCUGGAGGAUGCAGAGACCAAGAACGCCCUGUUGGAACACAUGGAGGAGCUGCAGGAGCACAAUGCACAGAUAAGCAGCAGACUGGAAGAAAGCGAGAGGGAGGCGUUAGAGAAAGUGUCUGAGCUGGAGAAGCAACUCAUCCAGACCACCAAAGAGGUGGAGCUCCUAAAGGAGAGUCUGCGUGAGUCCUGUGCCCAGGGGACCAUUCUACAACAGCGGGAGAUAGAGCGAGAGAUAGAACGAGAGAGGGAAAAAGAGCGGGCGAGGGAUAGAGAUCGUUUGGCCCAGGCCUUAGCGGAGCUGGAGGAGAAAGUUCAGGGGCUUGUGUGCCAGGGGCUGAUUCGAAUGGAGCGCACGUCCUCGGGACACCUGGACCUCCAUGUGGUCCCUGUCAUCCCUCCUUUGGUGCAAAAGAGUGGGGUUUCAAAAUCACUCAUUCCAGUCCAGGAGGCCACAGCACAUGCCCCUCCUCCCCCCCCGCCUCCUCCUCCUCCUCCCCCUACAUGCUCGACUGCACCACCUCCUCCGCCCCCACCUCCUCCAGCGGGUGGUAUGCCCCCACCACCUCCGGGCGGUGGAAUGCCCCCACCAUUUGGGGGUAUGCCUGAUGGACACACUGGUAACAGAAACAAGAAGCCCAUUCAGACUAAGUACCGUAUGCCUUCACUCAACUGGCAGGCCCUUAAACCCAACCAGGUGUCUGGAACCGUCUUCAAUGAGCUGAAUGAUGAGCUCGUGCUGGGGGUGCUAAACAUGGAUGCCUUUGAGGAGCAGUUUAAGACCAAGGCUCAGACUGCCCCGGUUGACGUGGGGCCCCUGAGAGCGAAGGUGGCCCAGAAGACCCCCAGCAAAGUGUCCCUACUGGAGCCCAACAGAGCCAAGAACCUCGCCAUCACCCUGCGCAAGGGAGGCAUGGCCGCAUCAGACAUCUGUACUUCCAUAGAGACGUAUAACCAGGAAGCUCUGAGCCUGGACUUCCUAGAGCUGCUGGAGCGUUUCAUCCCCUCAGAGUACGAAGUCAAGCUCAUCCAGAACUACGAGCGAGACGGGAGGCCCCUGGACGAGCUCCCCGAGGAGGACCGCUUUAUGGUACGCUUUGGCAAGAUCCCCCGCCUGCCCCAGCGCAUCAGUACGCUCACCUUCAUGGGCAACUUCCCAGAGAGCAUCCAGCUCAUCCAGCCGCAACUCAAUGCAAUCAUCGCUGCCUCAAUGUCAAUCAAGUCCUCUAGCAAGCUGAAGAAGAUCCUUGAGAUCAUCCUAGCCUUUGGAAACUACAUGAACAGCAGCAAGAGAGGAGCAGCCUAUGGGUUCCGCCUGCAGAGUCUCGACUUGCUGUUAGACACCAAGUCCACAGACCGGAGACAGACUCUGCUUCACUUCAUAGUGAACAUCAUCCAGGAGAAAUACCCCGAGCUCCAAACCUUCCACAGUGAGCUGUACUUCUUGGACAAGGCUGCUCUGGUGUCCCUGGACAGCAUUCUGCAGGACGUGCGUGCCCUGGAGAGGGGCAUGGAGGUGACCCGGAAGGAGUUUGCCAUACACGAAGACAACUCUGUGUUGCAGGAGUUCCUCACCAGCAACAGUGACCUGCUGGACUCUGUAGUAGGAGAUGGCAAGACAGCCCAGGAUGUGUAUGAAUCAGCGGUGGAGUACUUUGGAGAGAACCCUAAAACCACACCUCCCUCCAUGUUCUUCCCCGUCUUUGUUAGGUUCAUCAAGGCCUAUAAGCAAGCAGAGCAGGAGAAUGAGCAGAGGAAAAAGCAGGAUGUGUUGUCCAGUGAAUGGAAAACUGGGCCACUGUCAACCUCGCCUAAGCCUGAAACAUCCCAGAAGCAGUUACCCAUGAUGCCCCAGAUGGAUCUGAUAGCGGAGCUGAAGAGGCGGCAGGUGACCCCCCUGGUUCGGGAGGGCAAGGAUGGAGCCAUCGAGGACAUCAUCACAGCUCUGAAGGCUGUGCCCUUCACGGCUCGCUCUGGCAAGCGCACCUCUCGCCUCUUCUGCGACUCUGGCUUCAGUGAUGACAGCCCUACAUAGUCCCCUCAGAACUGUAUAGGUCUGUCUUUCGCUUUCUCUCUGUCUCCGGAGAUGCCUGUGUCUCCUAUGCACACCACGAGAGUGUAGCACCAUGUGCCUCUGUCCUCUUGAUGCAGCUGUCUUUGUUAGCGUGGCGGUGUCACUACAAAAGCCUGUU